AUGUUUUCCAGAGUGGUGCUCUUCAGCUGGGUGGUCACCGUCGUGCUCGGCGGCUGGGGAGACCCGUUGCGGGACCUCGGCGUGCCGAACUAUGACUGUGGAGCAGAUCUGAUGAAGCCUAGUGCAAAGAUUCCCACAAAUGUCAACGCGGUCCGCCCGGGCGACAUCAAGGUUGUAAUGGCACUUGGGGAUUCGAUUACGGCAGCAAAUGGUGCCGGCGCCGAGGAUCCGCUAGCCGUCGUCCUCCAGUAUCGUGGUCUAGCCUUCAUGGCGGGCGGGGACAAAUCGCUAGAGCAGCACGUCACGAUCCCAAACAUUCUCAAGAAGUACAACCCGAAACUGUUCGGAUAUUCGCUCGGAAUUGGUGGGCAAAUGGUGUGGGAGGUGGCGCAGUUAAACUUGGCGUAUCCUGGAGGCCAUGCCAAAGAUCUACCGGAUCAGGCCAAAGAUCUAGUCGCCAGGAUGAAGGCCCAUUCCGAUGCAAUCGACAUGGCCAACGAUUGGAAGCUGCUCAACAUUUUCAUUGGCGGAAAUGAUAUUUGUGCGUUGUGCAGACGCCCGGACUACGCCCCUGCGAACUGUGUCGCUGAAAUCCGGGAAGCAAUACAGUACAUACAAGACAACGUGCCGCGGGUAAUCGUGAACUUGAUGUCAAUGCUUCACCUUGAACUCCUUCGCCAGGUCGACACCGGAAAUAUGUUCUGUUUGGCAUUGCAUACAGAUGAAUGCGGCUGUGAACAGAACAAGAACUUCACCGAUGCGAUGAUCUCGGCCGCUUGUACAGAAUAUCAACAGCUAGAGACAAAACUACAGGAUGACGGCAUCUUUGAGAAAGACGAUUUCACAUAUGUCGUCCAGCCAUUCGCCAAUGAGAUUAUCCACCCGCCUAGCUAUCCGAACGGCACUGUGGAUUCGGACUUCUUCUGCCCCGACUGCUUCCACUUUUCUCAAUAUGGCCAUGCCGUCACAGCUACAUGGGUUUGGAGGAACAUGCUCGAGCCGGUAGGCAAAAAAAGACGACCAAGGGCAAUCUCUCCGUGCCGGCUCUACCGCUGGCCUGUCCGGAUCCGAAAUGCCCCUUCAUCCGGACCACCAAGAAUUCGGCCGACUGCUCAAAAUAUA